ACUAUUGUCUUGGCAUUGGCCGGCCAGUCAGCCGUCGACUCUGCACGGGGGCACACGUGCAGAUAUUUAAUCAAGCUCGGAACAUAACGAACACACGUGUUUAAUUACGAAAUAUAGGCUGUGAAUACUUUUGUGAAAUAUUAAUGUUUUUUGUUAUGUAGCAAAAACUGCUCUGUGUUAAAUUCAUGUAAAGGUGUGCACAGUGAACAAUCUUUUAAUGGGAGCGCGGGAGACGUCGAGAAAAAGCACAGAGGCGAAUUAACGCAUUCGGAUGCACGUGCGAUUUGAAAACAAACCGCUGUAGUAGAGCUGCGAAAAGUUCGAGUAUGGAGUAUUGCAUAUUAGCCGUGAUAUACACUAUCCUGUCCUUGAUAACAACAGGAGUAUCAUCGUUACAGUGCUACCAUUGCCUCAUCAACCCUCCGCCGGGCCAGUAUUACAACACUACGAAGAGGCUCUGCGUGCACUUCGACCACUCUGAUAAGUUCAUAGUGGAAUGCCCCUACUCUACCAUGUGCAUGAAGCAGGAAUUCCAUCUUGACAUACAGAAUGGAGUGAGGAUAAACGGCGUCCUUCGUGACUGCGCGCCUCAGAAGCACGAGUAUCAGGAUUACAAGAACGGUAGGUGGUCGCCGAAGAUGGAGAUAUUGGAACCUUACAAAGAAGGCUGCAUCAAUGAAGACGACAAGGGGCAAAGGAGUACACCUACAAGAUACUGCUAUUGCCGCAAUAACCUUUGUAAUGCCUCUCCGAGUACCAGCCAUGAAGGCUACACGGACAUCAUGGGCGUCAUAGUAGUGUUUAACCUCAUGAAAUACAUCAACAGCCUUAGGUAGUUGUCGUAGGCACGUGUAGGUCUUAAUUAUGUUAAUUGUUACGAAAAGUUGUUGCGCAAUACUGAAUAGUGGGCAUGCAGCUGCCAAUAGAUCGACGCUGUAACCUGUGGCUGAAGAAAAAUCUGGUGUUCAGGUGUAUGAUAUACUACUCCACGCCACGCAACUACUCGCAAUACUUUGUGAUAAAUAGAAGGGUAUAGUGAUGUUAUAAUUUAAGACAUUAAUAUAAUAAAUAUAAUGUUAGAAUAUAUUUUUUUUAAGUAAUAAAUAUAUGACUGUAAUUGCUGUAUGUACAUAGCAUAUUUAUGAAUACCAUGUGUUUCCUGUAAAAUUUCGAAAAAGUAUCUCAGUAGAAUGUUUGAGCUGACAUGUUACUUGAAAAGUAAGAAAUAUUAACGAUGUCAAUUGACCUACGAAGACACUUUUAAUCUUCUUAACUUUCAUGAAUACACGAAUAUGUUUUUCAAACUUUCUAAAGUGCUGUUUUAAUUUUUGGCACGUGUUGCAUGAAAUAUAGAAAAUCAUAAAAUUAUGGUAACGAUGGCCGAUUUAAUAUUGCAUAGGCACUCUGAACUGAGAAAUCACAAUUUCUCGAAUAUCGAAUGUCUUCUAAGUAAUAUAGCAAAUGAUAAAUACUAUUUUUAAGUGACAAAAAUAAUACGGAGUUGAAUUGUGAAUAAUUAAUGUCAUAACAUGCAUGUAAACACAAAUAGGUAUUAUGCUCUACUUUAUAAACUAUAUUAAUUUACUACAACGUUAAAAUUAAACUUGUUUUUGAAAUGGACACAAACAAGAUAUUUUCCGACAAAGUUAAGGUAAUACUUAGGAAUACAAUUUACCUUGUUUGCCUUAUACUAGAGUAUUAAUUUAAUUAGCCAUCAAUUCUAUAUUUGGAACAACAGGAUAAUAACAUGUUGAACAUCAUAUCUGUUAUUUCCCUACACGUUAAGCCUAGGUGUUCCAAUAAAAUAAAUGCAGAAACUCUU